AUGGGAGUUAUUUGCAAAUAUUCUUCACAGUCAUAUUUUAACAGCAACUCAUCAAUCAAAAGAGAUCAAGAAAAAAUCUCACAGUUGGGAAUUCAAAUAUUCCAAAAGUUUUAUUUCGAUGGUAAAUCCUCAAUUAGCAAAUCUGAAUCAAUCCAUUUAAGAGACAUAUCGCGCCAUUAUGGUCAUCUGGUUAACGAAAAACUAAAUGUUUUGGGUAUUGAUGUAAAUAAUAAAAUCAAAUUCCAAUUCUACAGCUCAAUGGUUGGAAGGAAAGGUAAUUUAAAACCACUAUUGGAGUUACUAAAGAAUAAUUUUGGAUUACCCAAUUCAAAAUUUUUUACAGCAGAGUUAUCUCAAGGAAAUACACAAAGAUGGGUUAUAAGCUGGAUAGUAGAUGAUUUUUUUUUACGAUCAUUUAUAAAUAAUAAUUAA